AUGCUAACCGCUGCUCAGCCUAAAGCCAAUCUACUCCACGGGCCUCCAUUGAUAUCGUUUAAUGUCCUUGCCACCCGUUUAGAGCAACGGCGUUCAAUACAUGCCUCGUCUACAAGUGUAUCGCUGAAGCAUAGACUCCCUCCAAAGUCCUGGGAUAGUCACAUGCAUGUUGUGGAACCUGGGCGGUUUCCUGUCUCUCCAACAGCGGUAUAUAAACCCACCCCACAUUCGUUACCCGAAGCUCUCGCCUUCGAGUCCGAAUUAGGCGUUGAGAAUCUCGUCUUUGUGCAACCUUCAAUUUAUGGCACAGACAAUUCAUGUUUAUUAGAUGCCCUACGAAAACUUGGGCCCUCACGUGGCCGAGGAGUUGUCGUGGUUGACCCUGCCACCGUUAAACCGGAGACUUUAAACGAAUGGCAUAAACUGGGAGUCCGUGGACUGAGGAUCAACCUCCAGUCUGUGGGGAAAGUGAUGGACAAGAACGAGUUGGAAGAGACCCUACUCCAGCAUGCUGAGCUUGCCCGGCCUCGUGGCUGGAUCAUCGAGAUAUAUCUUCCCCUCAAGAUGAUCUCGAUGGUUGAGUCGAUCCUGCCACGACUAGGCGUACGCAUCUGCAUCGACCAUUUUGGCUGCCCCGAGCUCGCGACAUGGGACGGUGAUGCUUCGGCUUUCAAUCCCUACAACCUUCCAGGGUUCUCGUCCUUGAUCUCUCUGCUUCGUGCUGGAAGAACAUAUGUUAAGGUGUCUGCUCCAUAUCGACUCAGCAAAGACCAUCAAAUGCGUGAUCUUCAGGCUAUGGCACGCGAGUUCUUGUCUGUUGCACCAAAUCGGGUCAUCUAUGCCACUGAUUGGCCGCACACUCGAUUCUCUCGUGUUGAUAUCAGUCCAUUCACUGAAUGUUGCUUGGAAUUAUGCGCAACCAAGCCGGGACUAGCGGAGCGCCUGUUUCGCAGGAAUACCGAGGAGAUGCUAGGAGUAGUCUCCGAUUGA